CCUUGUUCGCCAUACUUGCACGGGAGCGCAGAGCAACGAACGCACUUACUGCAACGGCACCUGAAAUCACUACUGCAUCAAAUAUAAAGACAUGGCGGAGGAUGACGUGACUACGGAGCAGCUAGCAGCCAUUGCCGCCGAAAAUGAAGAGCCAGAGCCGGUGAACUACAAGGCUCCAGCCCAGAAGACAGUGAAAGAGAUCCAAGAAAUGGACAAGGAUGAUGAGAGCCUACGCAAAUAUAAGGAAACCCUGCUUGGCUCUGGGGCCACUGAAUCUGAUCCCAGUAUUUCAAAUGUCCAAGUGACCCGGAUGUCUCUGAUCUGUGAAAGCGCCCCAAGUCCGCUGGUCCUGGACCUGCAAGGAGACCUGGAGACCUUUAAGAAACAGGCGUUUAUUCUGCAGGAGGGAGUUGAGUACAAAAUAAAGAUCAGCUUUAAGGUGAACAGGGAGAUUGUUUCGGGUCUGAAGUAUGUGCAGCAGACAUACAGGAAAGGAAUUAAGAUUGAUAAAUCAGAAUACAUGGUGGGCAGCUACGGGCCUCGUUCCACUGAAUAUGACUUCCUGACCACGAUGGAGGAGGCUCCUAAAGGCAUGAUGGCCCGCGGCAACUAUGUCAUCAAAUCCAAGUUUACCGAUGACGACAAGCAUGACCACCUGUCCUGGGAGUGGAACCUCAACAUCAAGAAAGACUGGAAAGACUAAAAGAGGCCUUUGUGUUUGGGGGCAAGGGAAUCCAAUUCCCCCAGCUCUGUGCGUUACUCAGCCGCUCCCCCCAUCCAUCCUCACCCCGCGUCCACCAUGUCUGCCUUCUUUGUUUUUACUCGUUUUUACCUUGUCGUGCAUUUCAUGCCUUCGUUACCACCUCACUGUCUUAACACCCCGGCAUCCUUCCCACCUCUCUGUCAGCAUCCGUAGCAGCAUCCGUAGCAGCAGUCCCACCUCAUCCGUCCGUCCAUCCAGCACCACCCUAUCUGCCCAACGUUUCAUCGGUUGCACACUUCUGUUCACCAUCCUCACUGACUCCAACCCCCACCAAGCUGUGCCAUGUAGCACCUUACUUCCUCACACCCAGCACCUGUUUUUAUUUUGUCCCAGAUUUUUUCGCUGCUUGAAGAGAUUAACCCCCGCCUUCCACCUCUCCUGAAUGGUGUCUUCCUCUCUCAGUAUGAAGUACAUGUGGAAAAGCAACUGUACAAUCAACUUUUGUUUGCCUUUUUUUUUUAAAUAUAUAAUUGUAUCAAAGGUUGUGUAAUGUGACUGUAUUCACAUCACUGUUAAUCAGCUGUGUCCAUAGCAGGCCCCACCACAUCCACCCGCCCCCCAAAACCUCUCUAUCUGCAGCUUUCUUUGCUUGCUGUCUUUUGAUAUAAUUACCAAUACCUGCCUUGUAAAAACAUUUCAUUCAGAGCUGCUGUACGGCUCCUCUCUCCCUUCCCUAAAUGUAUUCACCCAUUCCCCUUCAAAUGGGGACUGGGGCCAAAGUAAAAAGGGAGUAAAAUGUGGGUAAAAAAAAAAAGAAAAGCUGCCUUAUGUAUCAAGUAUGUAAACUAGGCUUGGGCGGUAUAUAAUGUUUCAUACCUUCAUACCUUAAUGAAAUUUUACGUGGAUAUGCUGUAAAUGAUGGUAAAA